GCCGCUCCAUUUUGUCUCUCCGUGUGUCAACCCUACCCCACCGCCGCCAUCCUCAUCGCUUCCCCCCGCUUCCGGGGGCGGGCAACUUCUCACCGCGUCCACGCGUCUUUCUUCUCUUCGACCUCGCGACCGGGUCCGGCUUCGUCGCUGGCACCUCGGACGGCGGCUCCGAAGCUCCAGGAGCUAGGUGGGAGAGGACCGGCGUGGAGGUCUUCCCUCCUCGCUGACAUCCGCUGACCAAGGAUUUGGAAAUGGAAAAGCAUGGUCGAAAACCUGAACCCAACAUCUUUGCAAGCGUAUGGCGUUUCUUGCGUAGGUGCCUCUUUCUUGUGCUCGCCCUUGGUCCUAUGCCCAACCAUAUCGCAUUCAUCAUGGACGGGAACCGGAGAUACGCCAAGCGAAGGAAUGUGAAAGAAGGCACCGGUCAUGGUGUUGGAUUCACGACUCUUACCUCUAUUUGUCAAUACUGUUAUGAAAUGGGCGUGAAGUAUGUGACCGUGUAUGCUUUCAGUAUUGACAACUUCAAGCGAAAACCAGAGGAGGUCCAGUCGCUUAUGGAUCUGAUGAAGGAAAAGAUUGAUGAGUUGUUAGAGGAGGAUAGCAUUGUGCAAAAAUAUGGUUUUAGGAUCAACUUCUGGGGAAGCCUGGACCUGUUGAGUGAGCCGGUAAGGUUGGCAGCUGAGAAGGUAAUGACACACACUGCCGAUAACACUGGGCCAGUUCUCUCGAUCUGCGUCGCCUAUACUUCCACCAAUGAGAUCAUGCGAGCCAUCAAAAAAUCGUGUGCGAGGAAGAGCUUCAGAACACAAGGGUAUGUGAAUUGUGACGGUGAAUCGGUGUGCGAGGACAACAACGGUUACGUUACUGUGGCUGAUUUAGAGGAGAACUUAGACACUGCUGAUUGCCCAGACCCUGACAUUGUUAUUAGGACAUCAGGGGAGGCUCGGCUGAGUAAUUUUCUUCUUUGGCAGACUUCGUUGAGCCACUUGCAAAAUCCAAACCCGCUGUGGCCUGAAUUUUCUCUUAGGAACCUAGUCUGGGCUAUCUUGGAGUACCAGAAGAUCUAUCCUUACUUGGAAGCAAGGAGAAGACUGGCUAAGAAGGAAAACUAAACCUGCUUAUGAUGCUUUGCUUUUGAGGCUUGUCAUGCUAUUCUGGAUGUUAUUGUACACUGUGGUUUUGAGCUUGUUUAUCAUCAUCAUGUGGGAGCACUGCUCUUGAGCCUUGCCUUCCAAGUAUCAUUUAGUUUGGUUGCUUUGUUGUCGCAUUGAAGUGAUGGAUCAAUGGUGGCGUCCCUCCAUCUCCAAUGUGAGAUUGAAAAGGAAGGAUGUACUGAAGAUUAUUAUUCUUGUGAACAGAGGCAUUUUGGUUGGAACA